AAUAGCCAUUUGUGCAGUAUUUACCGGUCUCACUAUGUACUCUGUUUAUCACCAAUGUGAUCCCCUGACUCGGAAAAGAGUCAGAGCGUCAGACCAGUUGCUCCCAUACCUGGUGAUGGAUAUUAUGAGGGAUUAUCCUGGUGUUCCAGGACUCUUUGUGGCAGCUGCAUACAGUGGGACUUUGAGUACGGUUUCGUCUAGCAUCAAUGCAUUGGCUGCUGUCACAGUGGAGGACAUCAUCAAACCGUUCAUCAGUUUAUCGGAGCAGAAACUUUCUUGGGUCACAAAGGGACUCAGCUUCUUAUUUGGAAUCAUCUGCAUUGCAAUGGCUGCAUUGUCCUCUGUGAUGGGUGGCGUAUUGCAGGUAGGAUUUACCUGUGUUUAUAGAAAUAAUGAGACGUCCCGUCACAUUUACUGA